UCUGUCUCAAAAAAAAAAAAAAAGAAAAAAAGGAACUUCUGUGGGGUGUGCCUAGCAGUGAUUCACACCCUCACUGAAAUCUCAGCUCCCUGGGAAAGGAUGUCGUGUUAAAGGGAGAGGAGAGAACAGACAGCGUGGGAGUCUGGGGUCUGAGCUGGACCAGCCAUGGAGGUGAUGGGGCCCCGGACAGCCAGAGGCCGGAUGCAGCUUGAGGCUUUGUCCCAUACCACGCCUGUUGUGCCGUGGGAUGUACUUUGCCUUGCAUACCUUGCUCGUAUGCUGCUGGCAUUGGCUGUCCCAGCUUGGCUCCACUCUUGCAAAGUCAGCUUGUGCCAGUCACAGUCACCACAGCAGGCACCAUGGCAGUGGAUGUGGCAGAAUACCAUCUGAGCGUCAUCAAGAGCCCCCCUGGCUGGGAGGUGGGUGUCUAUGCUGCAGGGGCCCUGGCCCUGCUGGGAAUCGCAGCUGUGAGCCUGUGGAAGCUCUGGACGUCGGGGAGCUUCCCCAGCCCCUCUCCGUUCCCCAAUUACGACUACAGGUACCUUCAGCAGAAGUACGGCGAGAGCUGCGCAGAGGCCAGGCAGAAGAGAGUGCCUGCCUGGAAUGCCCAGCGGGCCAGCACGCGGGGAUCAUCCAGCCGCAAAGGCAGUCUCAGCAUUGAGGACACUUUUGAGAGCAUCAGUGAGCUGGGGCCUCUGGAGCUGAUGGGCCGGGAGUUGGACCUGGCCCACUGUGGGACCCUCCGGAAGUCCCAGUCGGCCGACUCCCUGAACUCCAUCUCCUCCGUGAGCAACACCUUUGGGCAGGACUUCACCCUGGGCCAGGUGGAGGUGAGCAUGGAGUACGACGCUGCCUCCCACACCCUGCACGUGGCGGUGCUGCAGGGCAAGGACCUCCUGGAGCAGGAGGAGGCCAGCUUCGAGUCCUGCUUCAUGCGCGUCAGCCUGCUGCCCGACGAGCAGAUCGUGGGCAUUUCCCGGAUCCAGAGGAAUGCCUACUCCAUCUUCUUUGAUGAGAAGUUCUCCAUCCCCCUGGAUCCCACAGCCCUGGAGGAGAAGAGCCUGCGGUUUUCUGUAUUUGGCAUCGAUGAGGAUGAGCGCAACGUCAGCACGGGGGUGGUGGAGCUGAAGCUUUCUGUGCUUGACCUCCCACUGCAGCCCUUCAGCGGCUGGCUCUAUUUACAGGACCAGAACAAGGCCGCCGAUGCUGUGGGGGAGAUCCUGCUCUCCCUCAGCUACCUCCCCACAGCCGAGCGCCUCACCGUGGUCGUGGUUAAGGCCAAGAACCUCAUCUGGACCAACGACAAGACCACAGCGGACCCCUUCGUCAAGGUAUACCUGCUGCAGGAUGGGAGGAAGAUGAGCAAAAAGAAGACAGCUGUGAAGAGGGAUGACCCCAACCCGGUGUUCAACGAAGCCAUGAUCUUCUCAGUGCCAGCCAUUGUGCUCCAGGACCUGUCUCUCCGCGUGACGGUGGCUGAGAGCAGCAGCGACGGCCGUGGGGACAACGUGGGCCAUGUCAUCAUUGGGCCGUCAGCCAGUGGCAUGGGAACCACACAUUGGAACCAGAUGUUGACCACGCUGCGCAGGCCUGUGUCCAUGUGGCACGCUGUCCGGCGAAACUAGCAACCAGGGCGGGCCAGGUGGGCAAUGGAGCUGCUGGAGCCUGGUACCCACUCGGCUCUGUCUGAUGCCCUCUCCAUAGCCCAGCUGGAGCCGUGAACACUGGGGUCCCCUGGCAGAGUCCUCAUGAGCCAUCCUGGUCUCUCUGUCCAGAUUGCAGCAGAGGAGUGGGCGUGGCUUUGUGUCCAGGGCCCCAGGGUCUUCUCCUGCUGAGGACCAGCUGUGGCUGGGCCAGGACAGAGGGAGGGUGCUGGGCACUGGACAGCUGUGCUCCAUCUCAAGCUCCCUUAACCCUGCUCCUCCGGGGAGGCCAGCUGCCAAGCCGGGCUAUGUUCUGGAACCCAGCAAAUCUUGGGGGCCAGGCACUGUGCUAGGCACCAGCAGGAGUAACACGAACAAACCUGGCCCUUAGGACAUCAGGAAGACAAGCUCCCCUGCCCCUGAGGAUCUGCUCAGUGCUGAUGGCAGCCCAGCUGUGUGGACUCAGGGGCUCUGAGGGCUGGGGAAACAGGAAGUAUCUCUUUGACAAGGUAGGAGCUGCACUUGGAGGGGCAGGGAAAGAACUGAGCAUGUUGCAGGCAGCGGGCCCAGCCUGAGCUAUGGCAGGAUGUGAACUUCCCAUCACAAAUGCAGCCCUCAGCCCACUGCAGUGGAUACAAGGAAGGGCCUCUCUCAGGGCCAGAGAAGAGACCAAGAGACCAAGAGACCGAAAGACCAGGCCCAGGCGGAAGACUGCUGGCCACGUGGAACACUGGCUCCAGAGUUAUUCUCUGUGAAAUCUACUCCCCGGACCUCAAACAUGGCAAGAACCAGAGGUCCAAAGAGGCCCAGACACAGGUUGUUGUGCUCAGUCCUGCGCAAACCAGGCCCGGGCUCUGCAAGCAUUUGAUGCCCUUCCAGGCCCACUGGGAGAAAGACGCCUCAGGCAGGUCUCAGCCUGGGAGGUGGCAGGGGUGGGGCAGAGAGAAUACUGGCUGCAGAGGUCUUGGUGGGCUGCAGGUGCCUGGGAAGAUGUGGUGGACAAGGAGGCUCUCGGGCUGGACCUUGGAGGGGUGGCAGCGGAAGGACAGCCCAGGUGGCUGAGGCCUGAUGGGAAGCCAGGAGAGGCCAGGGUGGAAGGGCAGUUUGAGGGACGCCAGGAUAAGACUGAAUGCCAGGCUAGGAAGGAGAUGGCUCUCAAUCACAGGGCGGGGGGUGCCCCCGACACUGGGUCUCCUAGCUUCUAGUUCCCUAGAAGCGAAAUCUUAGAGGGGGAUUCUUGGACAAGUAGCUUCUUGCGGGUGAGUGCUCCAAGAGAAACUUACCAGAGCCAGAAAGGGAGCUGAGGCUGGAGGGAGGAAGACAAGCAAGUGUGGCUUCAAGAUCAUCGCCUUGGCCUGACUGCUUUGGGGGCAGGGGCCUGGGCUGUGAGAGGCACCCUGGGGCUCCCACCCAGAAGCAGAGGGGCUGGGCUGUUGCACCUCUACUGGCAUCAGUCUUUGGUUACCCCCCAGCUCCAGUGGGAGGAGAGCAGGCAGAGCUUAUCGUCCCCAGCCUGGCGUCCCACAGUCCCAGGAAGCCGCUUCUUGCCUUCAUGGCUGAGUGCUGGGAAGGUCUGAGCUCACCCAGGCCAGCAGGUGGGGUAUCAUCUGCUCGGUGGGGCCACCCACAGGUGACAGCAUGGAUCCUCAGGCUGGCUGCCCCUGUUGCUUGGUCCAUAACUGGUGAGCUAUGGCGACCCAGGCCAACCAGUUAUCCCCAGUGAUAUGGGGGGAGGAGGGGCUGGAACAGGGGCCCAGGGGACUGGAGGCAGGAUGGUGGCUCUCCCCACUUGACACAGCCAUGGCCCAGGCCCAAGGCCAGGCUGUCUACCCUGUGGCCACAGCAGGAGGUCAGCCCAGGGCCAGGAAACACAAGGCUGGAUAAGGCUUUGUAGCCUGGGAGACCCUAACUCUCUCUGACUCAGUGGCUGUGCAGUGCAGGCCACUGACCCCCCUGCCCUCUCCCUACUCUCCCUCCCCCUGACUGCAUGACAUGUUAAAUGUGUGCCCAGGAUGGCCGUGGUGGGGACGGGGUAUGCCGACUGGAAUGAUUCUAGAACCAAAAUAAAGCUGGGGCGGGAAGAGGGGGCUUCCAGGGAGCCCUGCUCGGCCCUGAAUCACCUUCGUCUCUUCUCUAGGAA